AUGUCAUCGGAGUUGGAACUACGAUUGCAGCGGUCAAUAGCACUAUUCAAACAAAAGAACUACGCUGAUGCCUUGACUGAGUACACCGAGUUGAUCCAGACUGUAAAUGAAAUACCCAUACCUCAGAUCAAAAAACUACGCGUAUCGCUUUAUAACUUGCUGGAGACUCCGGUAUUUGGACCUGUGGUACAUCCGAGGAUAGGCACACUACUUGAUGGCCGAGCUGCAACACUAGAGAAGUUAGGACAAUAUGAUUUGGCCCUCCAAAGUGCAACCAAAAUAACUACAUUGGAGCCUUUGAGUUGCAAGGGUUAUAUAAGAGUAGGAAAGAUUCUCCAGCUCCUUGAACGUAAGGAAGAAGCCUAUAAGGUCUAUCAAAAGGGACUCUACUUGAUCAAGAGAGCUCAGAAGAGGUACGGCAUUGCUGUUCCUGAGUCGUUGUAUGGCUUACUUAAGGAGAACUACAAGCAUUUGAAUUCACAACUAUUGAAAAGGUUCAGAGGCAACAAUAACAACUCCGAUAGUGCCAUUAUAAAAGCUCAACAAUUAUCUACGGCCGGUCUACAACGGAAAUUUGAUCAAUUAGUCCCCUUAAAACGGUCUGCCUCUUCUGGAUCAGGUUUUGAUCUGAAACGGUCUCAUCACAGCAGCAACGUUGUACUUGACCCUUUCGAAUACCUACCAUUUGAACUACUUGACUUUAUCUUUUCAUUAUUACCAAUGGCUCACGUUCUACGGUGUCGUACGGUAUCACGAAGAUGGUGCACGUUGAUUGAUAACCUCCCACAUUUGUUUGAGUUCAAGUGUAGGAGUUCUAUAAGUCUUCAACAGUUCCAAGCAGGUGUUCAGUUCCAAAGAAGAAUCACUCGACUGACUAAAUAUGGCAAGAUCAAAAGUAUGUCUUUAAAACUUGACACGAAGGAUACAAAGAUUUUGGAUUAUGCCUUAGAAUCAUUUGCUUUCAAAUUAGAAUCACUUCUGGUUCAAAAUAGUCGGUGGAAUCUACUACUGAUUUUGAACAGAAUAACUAAAGAGAGUAAAAAGCUGUUCUUUGUGAAUCUAGAAUCGUUGCUGUUAACCAUAGGAUUACCGUUGAAGUGUUUGGCAUUUCUUGCUGCAAUUGCUCCUCAGUUAAAACAGCUAACAAUAGUCAGCACAGACAAUAACUAUAAUGUGAAGAGCUUGAAUCUCAAUCCUAUUAUAGGAAAUGCAGAUCCCAACAACAAAUUUAAAGCCUUAGAAGCUGCCAAAUUGAUCUUCCUACCAAGGGAGAACUUACCACCAUUGAAGGACCAACAAACUCUUCAAUGUUUGGGCCAUAAUCUUCAUUCAUUUACACUUGUUUGCCAACAUUGGGACAAUCCUUCAGGACCUUGGUUCAUGGAUUGGUUGGGCUCAAACUCAAAUUUGAAACAGCUUUAUCUUGAAGGAAAUGGUAUUGCCAUCUCUACAUUGUUUGAAACAUUAAGUCGAAGUUCCAUUGUUCUUGAUUCAUUUGUUGCUAGAGAAGGUGUCCCAAGCUCCGAUAAUUCAUUGGGUAACUUAAGUCCUCAAGUUCAAUUUCCCUUCCUAUUCAAUGUUCGUUAUCUUGAUUUCUAUGGUAUUCUGGCAACCUUUAGAUUCCAAGAACGACUACUUCAAAUUCUUUCCAGCACUCAAGGGUAUGUUGAAACCUUAAAUUUAGGUAAACUGGGUCUUUGCUUCGAGGGAUAUCUGCCAGACACUCGAUCAGGCUUAGGCUUAAGAGAUAUUUUGAGGCUUUGUCCAAAUUUGAAGCACUUAUUUCUUAAUGAAUUGCUGCUUGAUAAUCAUUCGCUUCUUCUAUUCAAUAAAGCCUUUCAUUCGUUAGGAAGAUCUCAUCUACAGACUUUAGACUUAAGUUUUUGUACUUCUAUUACGGGAACGGGGUUAAUUCGACUAUUUGAUGAAACAAAUAACUUUCGGUUGACAAUUGAUAAACUAAUUCUCGAUGGAGUUCUGGUGGAUCCUGCUACACUAGGGUAUUUGGUAAGAUCAGGAUAUAUUGCGAAAAUUCAGAAUGAUCCUAUAGCAAGAAGAUGGGAUGUAUUUGGUAUAAGAUCGUUGAUCAGGCACAAGACAUAA